AUGUCUGCACCCCCACCCCCACCACCUCCACCUCCAGCGCCUUCAUUAGGGAGUGGCCCCCCACCUGCGCCCCCAAUUGGAGUGGACGCCUUACUAGGUGAUAUCCGUAAGGGUACCAAGUUGAAGAAGGCAGUGACAGUAGAUAAAUCAAAGCCAAUGAUUGAUUCUAAUAGUGUGCCCACCAUAUCGACUCCUUCAGUGGCAACUCAUAGUUCUUCUACCCUAAAUGCUCCUCCUCCAUCAGGAGUUCCUCUGUUAGGAGAUAUCUUUGCUGGAGGAGUCCCCAAGUUAAAGCACGUUAAAGACAAUCGAAGCAACAUCAUUCCUCCUUCAGCUCCUCAGAUUCCAAUUCCAACUAACAAUAACAAUACUAAAGCUCUGCAUGCUCCUCAUUUGCCCGCUUCUAGACCCCAUGCUAAAGUAUCGGCACCAGCAGCGGCUCCAAAAAUAGUGGCUACUUCUCCACCUCCACUUCCUACUUCUGCUCCCCCAAUUCCCUCCUCUGUACCACUGGCACCGACUUCCAAUCACUUGAGGCCUCCAAAGCUUCCUCCAGCAAGACCUAAAAAGAGUCAGCAUUUGAAGUCAGCCUCCAUCAGCUCAAUCAGCUCACAAGACAGUACUCACUCCGAUACAACUCCUCCCCCUCCUCCACCCGCACUCCCGCUGUCUCUCCCACCACCACCUCCUCCAAUUCCUGGCUCAGUUCCUCCUCCUCCUCCUCCUCCUCCUCCACCACCAGCUCCGGAUGCUGCAUCCGCUUCCACUCCUGCUCCCCCUGCUCCUCCUGCUGCAGCUCCAGGAGGUUUGCCAUUCUUAGCACAGAUUAACGCUAGAAGAGACGAAGCUAACGUUGUUGAUUCAUCAAAGUCGACACCUCCCAAAGCUCCUUCUGCUCCUCCAGCACUUCCUUCAAUGGCUCCUCCAGCACUCCCUUCAAUGGCUCCUCCAGCUCCCCCACCAAUCCCUGCAUCCAUCCCAAGCAAAAGUUCGGUCCCUUCAGCUCCGCCCGUUCCUGGUAAUCUUCCAUUUUUACAGGAUAUCAAUUCCAAAAGAAGCAACGCAUUUCUGGUGGAGUCUUCUGUUAAAUCAUCUUCAACUGCAUCUUCUACUGCCCCUCCCCCACCCCCACCCUUACCUCCGGUAGCUCCAAGUGCUGUGCCUUCAACUCCUUCUGCUCCACCUCCACCUCCAACGAAUUUGUUCAGUGCAACUAAAUCUUCAGUUCCCCCACCAAAGACAGCACCUGGAGGAGGUUUACCAUUCUUAGCAGAAAUCAACCGUAAGCGUGAUGAUUCCUAUGUUGUCGAUGGAAGUUCAAGUGGAUACUCAACGGCAUCAGAGACCCCAACACCAACACCAGCUUCAAGAGCUUCUGCUCCUCCACCAUCUGCGCCCCCAGUUCCAUCCCAAGUACCCAAACUCCAAAUGAACAACACCCCCGCAAAAACUCAUAGUCUACCAAAGGUUAACAUUCCCAUCCCACCAGUACCCAGCUUCAACAAUAGUCAUAAUAUUGAAGAGUCAAUAAGGGUUCCCCCACCUCAACCACCACAAGCAGCUCCUCCACAAGCAGCUCCUCCACAAGCAGCACCCGCAUUUUCCAAUGAACCUGAGGACGAGCCUACCGCACCAAGUAUACCUUCGAGUUUGCCACCAAGUCUUCCCAACACUGCUCCUCCGCCUCCAUCGAUUGCACCCAAGAAAGCCAAGGCUCCUCCCCCACCACCUCCACCACAAGGAGCAGCUGCUGCUGCUGCUGCUGCUGCAUAUUCUUCUUCUUCUAUUUCACGGCUUGACGCGCUUCAACAGUCCGGGGAACAACUCAGAAGAAUGGACGCUCUGCGCUACACAAUUAACACCAAUGGGAAACUGACAGCGAAGAUCGUUAUUGAAGAUAAACGGUUCAAGUUUGUCAAUGCCAACUCAUUGCCCAAUCCUCGGAGAUACGGAGAAAGAGGCCAUGCCAUCAAGUUGUACCCCAGUGGACGUGGAUCAUCUGUCCCAUUAGAUUUGAGUCAUUACGCAUAA